AUGGUCGGAACCACCGGUGCUUUGACCUUCCUCGGGGCUAAGACCACUGUCGCAGACUUUUUGGCCAACAUGUCCGCUUCUGCUGAUGUUUUGGCUUUGGCGAAGGUUGAAGUUGAUUUGAGCACCAUUCCUGAAGGUCGUAAUGUCACCAUUAAGUGGCGUGGAAAGCCUGUUUUCAUUCGUCACCGUACCGCUGAUGAGAUUGAGGAGGCUAACGCUGUUAACAUCAAGGACCUUCGUGAUCCUCAGACCGAUUCUGAACGUGCACAAAACCCCGAGUGGUUGGUCAUGUUGGGUGUUUGCACUCACUUGGGAUGUGUCCCAAUUGGUGAAGCUGGUGACUAUGGUGGAUGGUACUGCCCUUGCCACGGAUCUCAUUAUGAUAUUUCUGGCCGUAUUCGCAAAGGACCUGCACCAUUGAACUUGGAGAUUCCUGCCCAUUCGUUCGAGGAGGGCAACAAGCUCGUCAUUGGAUAA